GUUCGGCGGGCUCUUCCCGGAAGCGGAAGCCUGGGGGGCGGGCCGAGGGGGCCCGGUCGUGCAUGGCGGUUAAUUCCUUUUAGCGUGCGGUUUUGCUUCCCUGCGUCUGUGCUCCUCAGAAGCCGCGGGAGAUGGUCAGGCCUGGAUCUCGCCCGGGCCAGAUGUUAUCUUCAGGAAAUCACACUGGACCUGCUAAAUUAAAGAAAGGGACCACAUUAAGAAAGAUAUCCUGUCUUAAUGCAGAUUCUGGCCGUCCCACCCAUUCUGAUUUAGAAAGUCAGACAGAAACUGUACAGGGACUUGAUGGUUGUGCUUCUUUGCUGCGGAACAUUUUGGAAAAUGAAGAUUCAGGUUCAGAAAUAACAUAUUCAAAAAAGAGAUAUAAUCCCAGACCUUUAGAAGCCAAAAGAUACAGAUCUAAAAAAAAAGGACAUGGAAAGCAUCCUGUUCCUUCAGUAGUCCGGAAAGAAAUUUUAUCUUCAGAUAAGAAACAGAUAUCUAAUGAAUCUUCUGCUGGAAGUGAAAGAGACAUACCACAAACUUGGUCAUUGCAAGAUCAUUAUAGAAUGUAUUCACCCAUAAUAUACCAAGCCCUCUGUGAGCAUGUGCAGACUCAAAUGUCCCUGAUGAAUAACUUGACUUCAAAGAACAGCCCUAAUAGAAUUCCUACUGUACCUUGCCACACCAUGUCUGGUUCUGAAUCUCAGGCAGUUACACAUUCUACUUAUGGCUUAUCUGCCUCAACCCCAGUCCAGUUACUUGAGCAGCCAUCCUGCCCUCCAGUGGUUCAUUCUGAAGUUCAGACUGAUGUUGACAACCAGUUUGCAUCACAGGCUGAAACAGUUCCUGUGAAUGUUCUAAGGAAUUCCUUCAGGGCUGGUCUUGGAGUCACAUGUAGCCUGCCCAAAACUGACAAACCAGCUCUUCCAACAUUUCAGCACCUGGGUCUUGCUAAUGGGAUUCUGCCACAGGAGGGAGUUACUAAGGAACCAGACCUCCUAAAGUGUUUCCAAACAUAUAUAAAUCUGUUGCAUUCUCCUCUGGAUGGUCAGACACAUGAAAACCCCACUCUACUACAGCCAGCUUUCUUGGCCACCAAGGAAGAAAAAUGUGCCAAAUCAAAAACUGGAUUGGUCACAAGUGAAGGAAAGGAUUUAAACAUACACGUGGAAGAUUCAAGAAUAAAAGAUUUGCAGAAGGCAAAAAAUGUGAAUCAGAGUGCUGAAAAAGUUAGAACUAUGAAAUAUUUGUUGGGAGAGCUCAAGGCCCUAGUAGCAGAGCAAGAGGAUUCAGAAAUUCAGAGGUUGAUUACAGAAUUGGAGGCAUGUAUAUCUCUGCUUCCAACAGGUGGAAACACAAAUAUUCAAGUUGAGAUAGCACUGGCCAUGCAACCACUAAGAAGUGAAAAUGCUCAGUUACGCAGGCAAUUGAGAAUUUUGAACCAGCAACGUAGAGAACAAAAAAAAACUCAAAAUGCAUCUGGUUCUCUGGAAUGCAACCUUGAAUUGUUUUCUCUUCAGUCAUUGAAUAAAUCACUGCAAAAUCAAUUACAGGAGUCACUAAAGAACCAGGAAUUACUACAGAGUAAAAAUGAAGAGCUUUUACAAGUGAUUGAAAAUCAGAAAGAUGAAAACAAAAAAUUUGCUGGUAUGUUUAAAGAGAAAGAUCAAAGUUUACUUGAAAAUAAACAGCAAUUUGACAUUGAGACAACAAGAAUAAAAAUUGAAUUGGAGGAAGCCUUAGUCAAUGUGAAAAGCUCCCGAUUUAAGUUAGAAGCUGCUGAAAAGGAAAAUCAGAUAUUGGGAAUAACAUUACGACAGCGAGAUGCCGAGGUGACUCGACUAAGAGAAUUAACCAGAACUUUACAGAACAGUAUGGCAAAGCUUCUUUCAGAUCUUAGUAUGGACAAUGCUCGCUGCAAGCCUGGGAAUAAUCUUACCAAAUCACUUCUGAACAUUCAUGAAAAACAACUUCAUGACCCAAUCCCUGCUCACACUUCCAUAAUGAGCUACCUAAAUAAGUUAGAAACAGAUGACAUUUUUACACUUUCUGCAAUUAACAAUGAGGAAAACAUAGUGCCAGGUAGACCCUAUGAAAAUGCUCUGCCUUCCAAAGGCCCUCAACAUAGUAACAGUGGGAGCAUGGAGGAAACAGUAGCCCCUGGAAUCACUUCUUCCCUUUCAAAACAAGAUUCUGAUGAGAAUGAAAUGACAACAUUAAUAGAAGAUGAGUGUAAUUUGGAUACUACAAUUUACAUUCCGUUUGCUAGAAGCACUUCUAAAAAGAAAUCACCACCAUCCAAGAGAUUAUCUCCCCAGCCACAGGUUAGUGUAGCUCCACCACAGCUGGUCAGCAACAAUGGACUCAUCUCUGAAAAGGAAAAUAAAUUGUGUGCAUCCGGAGUUUGUUGCCCUUCCAGAAAGGAAGCAGAAGAUGCACCUGAGAAACAUUCCCGAACAGCCGACACAGAGGACAGGAAGCUCCUCAAGAAAAUAAAGGAAGCCAUCUGCAAGAUUCCCGCAGCCACUGAACAGCCACCGGAACUGGCUGCACCUCUCGGCCCCUCCCUUUGUCCGAGGAGCAGCAUUCAAGUGAACAGUAGUGUUGUCUCCGAUGGCAGCUUUUUACAUUCUGACUUGAUAUCCGACUGGAGCAUCUCUUCUUUUUCAACCUUCACUUCCCAUGAUGAACAAGACUUCCGUAAUGGCCUUGCAGCACUGGAUGCCAACAUCGCUAGACUCCAGAAGUCCUUAAGGAAUGGUCUUCUGGAGAAGUGAAUUCCAAAGGGGACUGAGAGCUUCUUUUUAAGAAAAGAACUUGGCUACAUUUGAAUGCAUAUUUUUAGUUUCUUUAGAGAAAUGUUUUAUACUAAUUAUGGGUCAAAAAAUUAUAUGAAUAAUACAUUUAUUAUUGAACUAUGUUGACAUAGAAGAGCUUAUAAAAACAAGGCAUCUUAUGAAAUUGGCAUUUGCUAAUAAAGUUGUAGAUAGCUAGGAAAGUCUUGUAAAUCAUUUUAUUUUAGUACUUAGCAAUUAGAGUUCUUAUCUUACUCUACUUAGGCUAAAGGUACAGGUCAGAAGGAUUCUGUCGUUGUCCUAAAGGAUAAUGGGAAGGAAAUUUCUGGAUACAAUUUAUUAUAUUCAGGCUAGAGUUUCUUUUCUCUUUCAAGAUUCCUGUUUGUUUCUUAAUGGCAUGUGUUUUUAUAUGGGAUGCUCCGUGGUGUUGGUAAACCUUUAAGCCAAUAUCUCCACCUUUUAAGAAAACAUUGAUUUGUCCAAGAAAGUAUAGAUAACACCUUAAAUCAGUACAUGGUUUCUUAAAAUGUGAGCAUUUUUAAUUAUUUAUAUCCCAAAUGCAUGUUUAAGAUCCUUAAAAAAUAAAGGCAGACUGAUAAAGAAAUGCUAACAGAUAGUUCUAGUUUUAGAAAUUUGUUUUUUUAAUAAAUAAGAAAUGUUUAUUUGGUUUUUUUCCUUAUUAUUUUUGAACAUGAUUGAGUUUGCAAAUCUUGAACUGGUUGUAAUUCUGCCUUUCAAGACUUCAGAAGUACAGUUCAGAAAUACAAAAUAAUAAAGCAAGGAAAAAGAUUGUGUCA